AUGGCGUCUCUUCCUCCCCCCAGCAACUUGGAUUUGCAUUUGUAUCUCCUGAAUCAUGUUUUCCUUCCUCCCAGACUCCCAAAGCAGACAGAUUACAACCCUGUGUUUGAAGAUAUCCUGCUCAGCGAGGUCAUUGAAGCUCUCCAUGCAUUUGGCAGUCGUGUCUCGAGGCAAGAUUCGGGCCAUGUGACAACGGUGAUUAAGAUGAUCAAUCGUCUGAAAUCCGUUCUCGGGGAUUGUGGAAAUAUCAAUGCGAAAGAGCUUGUAAAAGCUCUAACAGAAUUGAACACUCCUAGUGACUUGCUUCCGAUUUACGUUCGCGAGCAGAACGCUGCAAUUCUAAUGACUCGACGCGAUCAUGUCGUGGAGAUCGAGUCGUUUGAGUUAUCUGCUCGCAAUGAAACCGUCAUUACCACUCUAGGUCGUCUCCAGCGCAUUUUUCCAGGCCCUACUCUCGCCAUGGACCUCACAACUUUCAACACUCCAGGCUUCCGAGACACUCUAGCACAAACUCUCGCACUAAUGAGCAGCCAGACUGCACCAAAUACCAGACUGAAAGUGAGGAAAGCUGGCCAGGAACAUGAUGAGGACAGGGAUACCACCCAUCCGAAAAUGGUGACUGAUUUCAUGAUGGCGGUCCUGCGUCCUCAGUGUUCCGAAGUCAACGCAUUGCAGAUUCAGAAGAACACACGCGAAGAGGUGAUGUGGUUCAAUAGCCGAUUCCCGUGGCGGCGAUCUGCUCUAUGGCUUCUUCUGCGUGUGAUCCUACAACUCACCUUCCGCAGGUUGUCGGCCCAAGGGACGGACAACAUCUACAAACAUUUUAUGGUUUAUUUCAUGGCCCAUAUCCUUCAUCUAUCUUGCGAGAAAGUAUCGAGCGAGAAUAUUUAUCUCAUGAAUGCAAAGAUUGCUCGCCGGUUGCGCAAGCUCGAUCUCCACGACGAACCUGCGUGGUUCAACCCUGUCCAGAAUAUCUUGCAACGGACAAGCCACAUUAUUCAAGAUAAAUGGCAAGAGAUCAACAAAAGCUGCAAGCGUGAUGCCGAUACAAAUCUCUUGACCGGACUGUCCUUGGAUCAAGACAUCUACUGUAAACCUCCUGGUCUCGAUAAAUACAUUGAGAUGAUCAAACGACGAGGUAGCCAGCAGCCAGUUGUUUCCACGGACUACCAUCCACAAUCAGGACUUGUUAGAUACCGCCCGUCGAGGAUCCCAUCAGUCCUCAAAUUUGAUGACCCUGAAUAUCAAAUUUUCAACCUUGCUUCUUUUGAACACUGGGUUGCUUCAAACCUUGAUGCCUGGGUUGACAGAAUUCAGGAGAAGAAAAAUGCAUGCCCUCUACUUGCUGAUCUGAUAACUCGCUACUACAAUGCCGCUUCCUCACUGUACUCCGGUGAUCCAGAAGCAGUCUCAGUUAUGUUACUCACUCUAUUGGAGUUGUGGAUUGCCUGCGAUAGGUUAGCGGUUGUCGACCUCCAUAUGUUGGAUGAAUACGAUCCGUGCAUCCCUGUCCAUCUUUUCCAGUCUCUGCUGUUACCGUCCAAGUCACAAAUGAUCAGAUUAAACCGGGCUGAACAAUACCUGACCAACCGUCAGCAGAACAGCAGAUACUGCGGGCCUGUCAUUUUCCAAGGCUUUGGUAUAGAAUCGUGCUUCUCAGUCCGAUAUUUCGACCAGUCUGAUCGGCACCAAAGCUUGUACAAGGAUAUCUGCGAUGACGCUUCGGGCAAAAGGCAGCAAAAGAUUUCAGAGCUUUUGGCAAAGAAACAAGAAUACAGUCGUCUCAUGGACUUGGUCAACCAGUCGGAUUGCACUCACGAAGCAGUCAGCACGAAACAGAGUUUUGACAGUGGAAGCUUGAUUCACAGCAAGUCUUGUACCAGGUGUGAUCACGAGCGUCAAGCAAAUCAACUCAAUAUCAAUGUUCAUGAAUGGCCUUUGCCCACUAAUGAACUGCAAGCAAAGUCGGUUGUUUUUGAGCUCAGUUUGCCUCCACCAUUUGGUGUGUGGAGAGACACUACCAUAUUCUUCCUCAUGGUGGUCCUGAAGGUUGAGUAUAUCUCCGACGUGAAGCCUAGAGCGGUGUAUCCCCUUGCAGAGUAUCAAGGGCUCCGGAGUUAUCUAUCUACCAAGGUCAAAGGCCAACGCAUUGGUCUUUUAUCAGAAAUCAAACCUCACGAGGGUACCCACCGACGGAAUAGACUGAUCUCCUCUUCGACCCAAAACGAUGUUUGCCUUCAAAGCGGUCUGCAGUUUCAGUACUUCGAUCAUCAACUCAACUGCUUUGUGGACAGCUUCAACCAUACCCUUGAGGUCGCAAAGUCAUGUACCUAUCAAUUGCCACCCAAGAGCUCAGCGCUUCAGCAAUUCCUGUUCCGACCCGCCGAAGACCCUGAUGGGCCCUCUCCCAAUACAGCCAUUGCAAUCCAAUCCGCUGCGCCCGAUGAUAUGACACUGGAUGAAUGGAGAGCGCUUGCAACGAUGCCACUAGGGGUUGAAAUUCAGUGGCAAAAUGUUCUUUUGGAGCUGUCAACACAGGCAAUUGAUUUGAAGAAGAUUGAGACGGAAGUCUUUCUGAAACAGAUAAUGAACCAGUCCGGUCCCACCCAAAAGGACACAUGGUUGCGAAAGGCGCAUCGCAUUCUCAUGGACGGAGAUUUUGCAAAGAAGUUACUUGUACGGGUCCAGGGGGUGUUUCAGAGGCUGGGGGAGAACUGGGAGACGAUCUAUGGCCUCAGCGGCCUGAUAUUCCUGGUUCAAAGGGUCUCUUCUCUAUCUGAUUCCUCUGAGAUACAAGAAUUGUCUCUUGAGUGUAUGAGAGACCUUCGACAGAUUGCCUGCAACUGGAUUGCUAUUAUCAGAGACCGAGUCAAUCAAACCUUUGAUGACACCGAAAAAACUAAUUUCGUUUCAAAAUGCGUUCAUAUUGCAUUGGUGUGUACGGAAACGUUCAAUAUAGAGAAUUUGGAUGCGAUAUUUGCAACCGCAUCAGAUGUCUCGGUCUUCAUUCAGUGCUGUCUGUUGAUUCAUGAUUGGAAGAACACAUGCACUUCUGAGUCUAACACACCAUUCCCCAUUUUGCAUCACCGAUGGCAGCUCCUGACAUACCGCUGCUACCCGAUGCUAGCAAUCAAAAUCGUCAACCAAGGGGACCAAGGAUUGAAUAUGGCCAUACAAAAGGCUUGGACAGCACACUACAUCACAACAGUUUGGUCAAAAGCGCCAUCUUCAAAUGGCCACUGGCUCAUGUCCCACUCCGCAUCUCAGCCCAACAAGGUUGUGCACUACAAUAUUUUAACUGGCGCAUUGCUUGUCAACGGACACCCACUCGCUCGACUACCCCCAGAUUAUAAGCGCAACAUCACGUACCAGAUUUUGUUCGGAGGGUCUCAGCUUCCAGUGAUGCCCAGCGUUGAACCAGGAAUGCAAUUUUCUUGUCAAGCGCAAUACAUGGGGCAUACUGUGCAUUUGAAAAUGGAAGAUAUCCCUGACACCGAUGCCUCUGAGCUUUUUGUCAAGGUAUCCAAUGAGAAUGGGGCCUGGGAGUUGAUUCCACCGAGGCUUCUUCUCGGUUCAUUUCUUGAAAGCUUUGUCCAAAACUUUGUUCACUGGUACGCCGUCGACAAAGGUUACGUUGAAUUUCGACCAGUUCAUACUCUCUGGCAAUCAUCUAAUGAAAACUGGAGGCUAUCAGAAGAUGAGCUUUCGAAGCUGUGGUCCCUAGGUACACUAGACACGAGGUUACUCAGUACAAAAAGUCAGACUAUCAAAUUGAUGUCUCGCAUCUUUGCACCAGUUGCACACGAACUGCACAUGAAUUGCAGCUGGCAUUUGCCAAGUGGGAUCUUGAGCAUCGAUCUCCCAUUCCUCCGAAUGGAGUUUACUCUGCAGCCCAACUCUUCUUCACUUCAAUGCCGACAAUAUCCGGGUAUGUCAAUCGAUACCAACCAGUCGCUGGGGACUUUGACUGGUUUGGAAAAUAAGUUGCUGCUCAUCAAUCCAACGACUCAAGAUCGGUUGUUAUUAAUCCCCGAGGGUGAUGUGACUUGGGCCCAAAAUGAAAACCACGUGAAAAUACAAGUGUCAUGGAAAGGGGAGACCAAAGUUCAUGUAUACUUGGUUGAUAACAAGUUAGGGAGACUGAUUGACAACGGAGGUCCGCAAAGUAAGCUCUUUUUGAGUUACUUGCAUGCUCUGACUUCGUUCUGUCUUCCAGACCACUUGACUGGAAUGACUGGAACAGAGCAAGCACUCUCCAUACUUCGCUCGGCAUCGCUGAGGUCUUUCGACAACCUUGACCAGGAACAGAAAGAAAUACUGGCAAAGAUUGCAGCACUCACUCCCCAGAGACGAUACUAUCCUCAAGAUACAAAGGUGAUGCAGAAAGUCUACUGGCCAAAUGACCUACCCUGCCUUUCACAGAACAGUGACUUCUAUAAGGAGGUAGCGGAUAUCUUUGACCAAGACCGUCAGAUGGCUCUCUUCCACCCGGAGAUGGAGGCAAUCUAUCCAUCAUUACCAUUUGUCGAAAAGGAGCUCUGGACGCGGGACCGGAUUCGCGCGUCAUCAUUUUGUGUCGCGGGAUUCGGGGCAGAGAACCACACACGCGAUUUUGACAAGAAAUACACAGCCUUGGACUCUCAGCAAUCUUCUGGCACUGGUCAAGUGUACUCAAUCUGCAAAAUGAUGUACGAUGAGCUUCCUUGCAUCCGUAUUAUUGCGGUUCGGGAUUUGGUAGAGGACCUGUGGAGACUCUUUUCGACACUCGAUAUUGUGCAUGGCCCUCAGAUACAAUUCGACAUUUCGGUGAUAAGAUACGAUGCAGAAUGGAUCCUUCGACCAAAUGACUAUCUUCUCAGUCAUUGGUGCUCUAUUCAUCGGAUCAUACACUCGCACAGAUCCGUCGUGAACAAAUUUCAGCUAAUGCUUUGGCUUUCAGCUAUGGCGUUUUCAGAGGACUCCGAGGUGUUCCCUUUGGAGAUGAUUGCAGCUAUUUUCCUCAUUCCUGACAUUGGUUCUAUAUCCCUGCCACUCCGGGAUUCCUUUUGCCCGCGUGAUGGCUGUGGGUUGGAUCGGGGUACCCUAAAAACACAGAUCCAUUCCACCCACCUUAACCAUGUCCCAGAAUCGAGUCUUAAGGCCAAAAAAAACGAGGAUCAUUCAAUCUUCAAAGGCCGAAGAAGGUCUCUGAUAAGAGAAAAUCGAGGCAAAGCCAUGGACAGGAUGAUGCGCCAUUUCGAGACCCAGUGGCCAACUCGGUCACCGUCAGUCCCCAACUUCAACGACCAUCCGAGAUGCAGUGACUAUUUCAACACAAUGAAAGCCACGCUUCUUGUACAGAAAGAAUUUGUUAGUUGGUCCAACAAUAGAGAACUUCGAGGCUAUCUCACGAACCUCGUUACUCGAGUGAAGUCCCAAACGGUUUGUACUUUCGCAAUGCCUUCCUACUCCGCUCAGCUCCCUGCAAACACCACAAGACAAAAACGGGGAUUUGUCACUUUGGAUGAUUUGCUUGGUGAAGUACCUAUGUGUGAUUUAAAAAGGCCACAGUUGUGCAAAUUGUUUACAACAUCCCAGAUGAAAAACCACUGUGAACUUCUUUCAAACUUCAUAGUGUCCCUGGAACUGCAGGCAAAAUCUCGGUUUGAGAAGGUCUACGUGGCAGAGCUGCGCAGCAGCGCGAUUUCACUUCAAGAAUUGAAUAUGGAAGCACACUUUGUUGUCGACGCCAGCGAAAUGAAAAAGGAAAUUAUUGGCUACCUCCGGGAGUGCCAAUUGUAUCACGAGAGAGUUUACGCCGCCAUAAUGUCUAGGAUACCCUCUUACAAUGCUUUCACUGGCUUCUCUAAAUCAUCAAAGCCUAUUGUUGACAAGGUUCUAGAGACGCUAGCUUGCGUGAAUCAAUUCCCAAGGCUCUCGCCAAUGAUUCUUCUUCGCCAAUUAUCGCGAUAUCAGUGGUCCCACCUGCCAAUUGGCUGGAGAGACUGGUUGUCUUCAUAUGGUCGUUCAAUAACCGAUUUGCAACGAGCAAAGCGGCUCGCAAGCCUUGUCGGCAAAGACGAGGAUCUUUUGAGGGAACUUCAGAAUCCAGGUCAUGGAAACUGGGAGCCGAUCAAUCACCCAGAGUCUCUGCUUCUGGAGAUCGAAAAUGGUAUCACAAUUCGAGAUGUCCAAGAAGAGAUAGCGAGGAAGAUAAGGGACAUCAAACCGGGAGAGAAUGCCGUUAUGCAAUUAAACAUGGGCGAGGGCAAAUCUUCUGUGAUUGUGCCUAUGGUCGUCGCAGCGCUUGCAAAUACACCACGCCUGGUCCGUGUACUUGUGGCAAAGCCGCAAUCCCGACAAAUGAUUCAGGUCCUGGUCUCCAAGCUAGGUGGAUUAUUGAGUCGUCGUGUGUAUUAUAUGCCUAUAUCGCGCUCUCUCAAACUUGGGGCGGUGGAAGCCGAUCAAAUUCUGAGAAUGUGUCAGGAGUGCAUGUUGCAUGGCGGAGUUCUACUUAUUCAACCUGAUCACAUACUCUCUUUAAAGCUAAUGUGCAUUGAGAGCUUUAUUGUUGGGAGAAGUGAGGCCGACCAAUCCCUCUUGAAGUGCUUGAACUUCUUCCACGAAUACUCGCGCGAUAUCGUUGAUGAAAGCGAUGAGAAUUUUAGUGUGAAGUUUGAACAGAUCUACACAAUGGGAACUCAAAGUCCCGUUGAGUUCAGCCCCCAAAGGUGGAUCCUGAUCCAACAAGUGCUAGGAGUCCUGCAAAAGUACGCACCUAGUGUCAAGGAAGAAUAUCCUCACUCCAUUGAGUUGGAUACGCAGCAAUCAGGUGGAGUCCCUAGAAUACGUUUGCUUCGUGGCGAUGCGGAAGAAGCGCUGUUCGACCGAGUUGCGACUCAUAUCUGCAACAACGGAAUCGACUCUCUCCCAAUCUCCAGACAGCCUAAACAAGUCCAAAAGGCUGUGUUAAAAUAUCUGACAAAGCAGAAUCUGACACCAGAUGAGAUUGCUGCAGUUGAGAAUCCUAGCGAAGGCGGUUUCUGGACAGAGAGCACCAUCAAUCCACUUCUUUUGUUGCGUGGCCUGCUAGCCGGAGGUGUUUUGAGUUUUUGCUUCUCAAAACGCUGGCGCGUGAACUAUGGACCGCAUCGGAGCAGAUCGCCCACCACGAAGCUUUGCGUCCCUUAUAGGGCUAAGGACAACCCUUCUCCCAGGUCUGAAUUCAGCCAUCCCGAUGUCAUUAUUGUUCUGACGUCGCUCCAUUAUUACUACGCCGGGUUAGAGGAUGAUGAUCUUGUUCUAGCUUUCGGGCAUCUCUUCGAGUCAGAUAAUGCCGCCGCAGAAUAUCAAGCAUGGGUCCAAAAUGCACCAGCGCUUUCCCUUUCUUGUCGCCAAUUGGUCGGGGUCAAUCUGGAAGACCGACCAAAUUGCACAGAGAAUAUAUUCCCUGCUCUUCGUUCCUCUAAGGGCGCAGUCGAUUAUUUUCUCUCUCGCCUUGUUUUCCCUCGCGAGAUGAAAGCGUUUCCGCACAAAUUGUCAGCCUCUGGGUGGGAUAUCGGAGAGCUCAAGAAGCACGCCACUGUUGGAUUUAGUGGGACGAACGAUGGCAAGAAAACUCUACCACUAAACGUUCGGCAGCUGGUGCAAAGCGCACAGAAUCAUACCAAUGCGUUGGUUUUAACUCACCUGCUCCAGGCAGAGAAUUCUGUGACUUUCGAACCGGAGCAAGCAAAGCCUAGAACCUCAAAUGCAGUGCUUCUCCUGGAAUUGGUUUCUUGCUUAGACCCACCAGCCCAGGUAAUCAUUGACGUUGGUGCCCAGAUCUUAGAGCUGAGCAAUUUGGAAGUGGCAAAGCACUGGCUGCGAACUUUGCCUAGGGAUGGACCCGUCAAAGCCAUUGUCUUCGUGGACGACAACGACGAGAUUUGCGUCCUUGACCAAAAGGGAGUUGAGCUACUGAACAAUUCACCUUAUGCACGGCAAAUGGAGGCGUGUCAUGUCUUCCUGGAUGAGGCACACACGCGAGGAAUUGACCUCAAGCUCCCGCCUGCAUAUCGUGCAGUAGUUACGUUGGGGCCCGGAGUGACAAAGGACAAGCUUGUACAAGCUUGCAUGAGGAUGCGCAAACUCGGGAAAGGACAGUCCGUGGUAUUCUACCUCCCAAACGACAUCCAGUUCAAGAUACUGGAACUGAAUGGGAGGCAGAACAAGUCAACCAUCACGGUCUCCGAUGUCCUCUGUUGGGCGAUAUCUGAAACUUGGGCAGAACUCCGUCACAGCAUGCCUAUUUGGGCGGUGCAAGGCAAACGAUUUGAACGACAACGAGAAAUGUGGGACCGUAUCUCCACGGAUCAUUCCCUCGGGCUAUCCGGAAGUCAGGCUGAAAACUUUCUUGAAACAGAGUGUCAGAGUCUUCAAGACCGCUACCGACCUGGCUGUGCAGAAAGUUCAGAUUUGGGUUCUGCGCGUAAUGAGACCCAAAUCUCACAGCUGAUUUCCGACCGACGCGCUGAAUUCGACGCCCUCAAAUUCGAUUCUUCCGCCCUUCAAGAAGAGCAAGAGCGUGAGCUUGCUCCGGAAAUCGAAUUUGAGCGGGAAGUGCAGAGGCCCCCGAUGAUGACGCCAAAUGUGCAUCAGCUCCAUGAGGACCUGGUGUCUUUUGUACGCACUGGAGUGCUUCAAAGGCCCUCCAUUGCUGUCAAGUCGGCAUUCCACUCGUUUUUCACGACAACAUCAAUCGCGUCUUGCAUAGAUUGGUCUAGCUUACCAACCCGCCUGCUUGUGACGGCAGACUUUGCCAAGACUGUUCUGACCCCAGUUUCUCAGCCGUCUGACCUUGCUGCAUUCCAAAAGCCAGUCCGGUGGAUUCUGACGAGCUCCCUCCCCUCUUCCUCCUCUUCCUUGGGCAACAUAAGGACUGCCACGCUGAUGAUAAUCAUCAGUCCUUAUGAAGCCCGCUGCCUUCUUCCGGCCAUUCGACAAUCAACAGUGGUGACCCUGCACCAAUAUGCACCGAGGCAGAGCUUUGCGUUCGAUUCGCUCGACAAGCUCUCCCUGCACAACAUUCCGGAGAGAACAGGUGCUAUUGAGAUUCCCGAUGGACUCCGGAUAGAGCUGAACCUUUUCGCUGGGCAGCUCUAUCUUGAGUCGUAUUCGGAGUAUCAACGACUCUGUGCUUUUCUCGGGUUGGCAUCGGUUGCAGCGCAUGAGGAACUGCGUGUUGAUGUCGAUGGCUUCAUCAGAAACGGACAAAAGUCUUCUUCGGCGUUCCGCCAGAGCCCGGUGAAAUUUCUCCGGGUUCUAAUGUCGCAGGUCCGCAAAGACGGACAGGGCAUCGAUAAGUCCCACAUUGGGCAAAUUUUGAACGGUGUCCUGUUGUCCCCGUCCGACUUUGCGGAUCCGACAUAA